GAUGGACAGAUGUCUACUGUCACUGUGGAUAUCCCUGACAACCCAGUCAGUUGUAUUGAUGUGGCUCCCCUGACUGCACUUGUUGCAGUGUCCUGCCCACCUACAAAAUAUAUCAGAAUUGUAAAAAAAGUAACUGCAUGUGACAAAGGCCUCAUUCAAGAAGCAGGACUGAGAAAUAAUUUCAGUUAUACAAUCAGCCAUAACAUACGAGACGCACACUUUCUUGCCAGAAAAGAUAUACAGCAGGACAAUCUACAGAUCAAAUAUAACUUUACGAAUCUGGGAUGUCCUCUUCUGGUACAUCAUAAAAAUCCUUGGCUGGACUUUGCUGGAGGAACACAGUCUCCAGAUCCAAAUAUUGCAUGGACCAGAAGCAACUACAUGAGCUGUAAGGAUAGGAAUGGACCUGAAUUAAUGUGGCCCUCAGUCAAGUAUCAGGUUCUUGAUGGAGACAAAAAUAAGAUCACUUUCCCUCCCUAUAAUGGUCUAUAUAUCUUCAAAACCAGUGUAGUGGAUACAUUUUACAGUUACUGUGAUUUAUCCGUAACCUUCUCAGUACAUGUCUAUGGUGCUUUUCCCACGAACUACCUACAUUCUGGGGCAUCACUGACAGCCUCUCUGACUUUGCUCUUGAUUUUUACAAGAUACUCCCUAUCUCAUUUAUCACUCUAA